AUGAAGAACUUGGCACUGCCCGUUCUCUUCCUCCUUUCUUUCCUCUUCGUUGUAGCCAACGUCAGCGAAGCAGCCGGAAUCACCUGCCCUACUGUGACCUCUAAGGCCGUUCCUUGUGCUGGAUUCGCCACCGGCCAUGCUCCGAGCCCUGCCCCUGCUUGCUGUGCCGGGCUGAAACAGCUAGCAGGGAUGGUUAGAACGUUGGAUGACAAGAAGGCCAUUUGUCGGUGUCUCAAGGCCACCUCCAAGUCCAUGGGAGUGAAGGAUCAGUUCCUGAGCAGGAUCCCUUCAGCAUGCAAGAUCAAUGUCGGGUUCACUGUCUCGGUCAACACCAACUGCGAGACGUCAGUAAUUCCAUAUGAAAAAAUAUAUAAAAUUCGCAUUAUGUUCUCCUUUCAUUAA